UAUCUCAUGUAGCUUAAAUAUUUUGUAUUUAAUUUGAGACAACCAUGUCUUUAUAAAUCUAUACACCUACAAUGAAGCAUUGCAGCCUUUACUGUGGUAGCAGUAUUCUAUGCACAAAACUUUUGGAAAAAUAUGGAAAAGUCGUCGCCUACGUGUUUUGCAUCUAAAAAGCGUGACUUGGCAGACAGCAUAGUGAAAAGGAAAUGUGAACCAGCUUGGCCACUUGAACUGCCAACGAAACCUCAAGGGAACCCAAUCAGUCAAGUCACUGCAGCUACAGGUGGCAGGCCCUGUUUUACAAGGCGCAGUUCUCGCCCCCACCCACAGCCAAAAGUACAGAGAGUCAUGAGCUGAAAGGAAAAGAACCUGAAAGGAAUACUUCAACUGAGGAAUCAACUGGAUUCUUCUGCCGAGGUGAUUAUUUUCCUCCCAUGGCAUUUUAUAAGCAAGAUAGCCAGGAAGACGCACGAGAGUGUCCGGUGUGCUAUGAGGGUCUGUCUGGCACAGAGAGGACUCUGAGCUGCGGGCAUGUUUUCUGCCACGACUGUCUGGUCAAAACGCUGGUCAGCAUCAACACCGAUGGAAACAUCAGGGACACUAUUGCUUGCCCUAUCUGCAGACAUCUCACAUUCAUCAGGAAACAAAAGGAAGCGCUGGUGACCCUCACAACGGACAAGGAUCCAGAUGAAGUGCAGACGCUGGAGGUUCCUUUCCCUCUAUCGCUGGGACAGCUCCAAAGCGCACGGCGCCCCUCUGAGAACACUUUACCCAGGGGGGUUAACUGGGCUGCUCACUGCUUCAGGUGGGUGUCUGAACGAGUCCAUCGACAGAUGUUGAUCAGACCCAGCCAUAAAGCGUCUCAGAUCUUUAUCAUAAGCGCUGAGGGGCGACCCAUGGCUGAAGAUGAUGCGCUCAGCGUUGUGAUGACUGUGGUUCAACCUCAGCGCAGAAGAAGGCGCAGGAUUUGCACAACUGCACGAUGUUUGAUUGUUUUACUGUCACUUUUUACUCUACUCGCACUUGUAGCUGCAACUUUACCAUGGAUUUUAUUGGCAUAGCUCACUUUUAUUUAUGUUUGGAUUAUUGAGUGCCAAAAUGGAACAAGUCACCCACGGUACCAAGCUAUCCACUGGCUCUGCAAUAAAGGACUUGUAGAAGAUGAUUUACUUACUGCUCAAGGUGAUCAGAAUAAAAUAUGUUCUCACAAUGUAUGCCUAAACUCUAGGCUUGCAAUGUGGUUGUUUGUUUUAACAUUGUCACUUCCUUCUGUGAUUUAAAAGUCAGAAGAUUAAAAGCAUGCCCAUGUCAUUUAUGAGCAUCACCUGGCAACAGUGUAAUGUGAAGUAGGCUAAAGGCUAGGGAAGUCUGACACACACUUGUUUUGCAUUCCUGUCUGUGACAUGUUCUACCAGUUGUAUGAGGCGCAAACAGGCCAGAGAACAGCUGUCAAGUGUGUUAAAAAUGUUGUGAUCCAAGCUGUACUGACGUUUUGUAAUUAUAAUUUAAACAUUAUAUUUAGACGUGUUUGGUGGAAAAAAUGCAAUAAAGUCCGUCAAACCGAG